CCGGGUACCGACCUGUAAACUUACGUCACAACAUAACAACAAAGUCCAGUUGAGGGCGCACUUAAAGUCGCACUUUAUAUAUCGUAUUUGCAUUGAAAGAGAAACCUGCGUUAUUUGAGCAAAAAUGCAAGAUAAGGAUCUAUUGUACCCCAGUCUUGCCAAGGAGAGGAGUAGGCACAAGAAGAAGAGGCUGGUGCAGAGUCCAAACUCCUACUUCAUGGAUGUCAAGUGCGCGGGCUGUUACAAGAUCACCACCAUCUUCAGCCAUGCUCAGACAGUAGUACCUUGUACAGGCUGCUCUGUAAUCCUCUGUCAACCAGCAGGGGGGAAAUGCAGACUAACUGAAGGCUGUGCCUUCAGAAAGAAAUAGUCCUGAACAGAAAAUGUGCAAAACCCCCAUGAGGGGCAGCUGGAAGAAUGGACCAUGGGUUUAGCCGUUAAAUCCUUCGUAGAUAAAUGUAUCUGUAUCUUGAAAAUGUGGAAUGAAAUGUCAUCCCCCUCCCACGGCGGUGUUUCAUACACUAGAGCAGGAGAGGAGCUGUGCAAGCUCAAGAUACACUUAAAUCAUAGACAUGCCAUAUGAUUAGAAUGAAUUAUAUCUGAUUGAUAUUUGAUUUUUAGAAAUGCACACAAAGUCCAAUGAGUCAUGAUUUCUGUAAAACAUUUAUUAAGUUGACAUGGGGGGGCGGGGGUUGGUGAACAAUAUGUUUCAAAAUGGCCUCGGUCAUGAGUGAAGCGCUUUUCAUGGCCCUGUCAGGAGAUGAAUCCAUGAUGGCCAUCACAAACAAAAAUAAAACAUUUAAAGAAUG